GUUUUCUGGUUGGAUGGGCCUUUCACCUAUGGUGGGUGGGCGUGUCUGUGACUGCUCUUCUGUCACUUGCGCUUCGGUGUACGUUGGGAUUAUCCCACACCAUGGCAGGCUGCGGCACGAAUCAACUCCGGAGUUCUAAUGCAGACUCUGAUUCGGACUCAGACUGUGAGGGACUGGGGCCCCGGCAUCAGAUCAUUCAUAGCGGGCACUUCAUGGUAUCGUCCCCACAUGGAGAUGACAAGCACAGGAGAAGUGAACUGCAGCGGCCAGGGAACCUGCCAGCCGGGACCAUUGAUCCCACACUGACUCGGCUGUUCGAGUGUAUGAGUCUGGCAUACAGUGGAAAACUGGUCUCCCCAAAAUGGAAGAACUUUAAGGGGUUACGUCUACUUUGGAGAGACAAGAUCCGACUAAAUAAUGCCAUCUGGAGGGCUUGGUAUCUUCAGUAUAUAGAAAAAAGAAAGACACCAGUGUGUGGGUUUGUGACUCCACUGACCGGAUCAGAGGGAGAUGAUCACCGGAAACCAGAGGCUGUUGUAUUGGAAGGCAACUACUGGAAGCGCCGUAUAGAAGCGGUGAUGAAAGAAUACAACAAGUGGAGAAUUUACUACAAGAAACGACUACGGAAACUUCAUCAGGAUGGCAACAAAUCAUUUAAUGAGCAAAAGUCUGCUCCAACCUGGAGGUGCAGUCAGGUAUAUUAUGGGUGCCCCAGACUGGAGGAUAUUUGUGGGACAGAAGAAGACAUGCUGUAUGAUCUGGAUUACUUUUUAACUGACAUUUCUGACACCCUGUUUACCACGACUCAUGGCAUGCAGAAUGCUUACCAGUCUCCAGACUAUGAUUAUGCUGGAAAUUCCGAUAUGAUCCAGCCAGGUUUGUCUACGUUUCAGCCCACUCCAGACGACUUUGUAGAUAUAACAGAUUUUUUUAGUGGUCCCCGAACUCAGCAACUUCCUGUGUAUUUUCAAGAGCAGAACUGUUUCUCCAGCUACAAUGAAGGAAUCACCAGCCAACAUCCCCCUGCUGCUGCUGCUGCUUGCCAGAGGAUCCCUCAGCCUUACAGCCACUUCGGAUCUAAGUCAGAGUCCUGCUUUGCCAGUGCACUUAUUUCCCCAAGCUAUGCCAGUGCCAGAGUGCCUUGUGUCUCUCCCAGAGCUGAACCAAAGAACCUGCCCCAUUACCCUGUAUCUUGUGAUGAAUUCAAUGCAGACUGCGAUUCCUUCCCACAGGAACAAUCAUUAACAAUGCCAUGUAUUUCCCAAAACCUUCCCAUGCAAAAUGCAGACAUUUUAUUCCCACAAGUAUCCUGCCCAAAAAAUAAUUAUUCUGGCUCAGUCACAGAAAGCAGUAUCCUUGGCCACACUGCACCCACCCAUGCAGAUAGCUACCCCUUGUAUUCAGAAAACUCUUCCCUGGAAGCUUCUCACAUAUUCUCUGUUCCAAAACAAUGCGGGAGCUUGGCAAACAACAAGGCCAGGAAGCCAGCAGUGGAGACCACUGAACAAGUUACUUGUGGCAGCCCAUCACACAUUUCUGUGAAAGCUAAGUCAGAUUCCUCCACGAAUGCGCCAUCUUGUGGGCUAACUGGACCAAGCAGCACGACAGGUACAGGAUUGGAUCCUCUCUGUUUCCCUGGUAUUGCUGCUUCGGCUGUACAGCCCCUUGCGCCGCCUACAAUUCAGUGUAACUUCUCACCAUCACCACCUCCUCUUCCUCCCCCCCCAAUAUUUGUGAGCCCCAUGUUUAGCCCCCAGAGCAACAAUUCCAUAUCUGGUUCCACCACCCGGUCGUGUUCAUCUCUGCAACCCAAAACAGAAAGGCUUUCUCCAACAUCAGUCUGUGCAGGAGGCGAGCACAAAGAUUCACUCAGUGUCCCCUGCUUUCAGUCUUCUACCUCCUGGGUUAGAACUGGGUGUAAAAAGGGGGACAGCAGGCGGAUAACACACAUCUCAGCAGAGCAGAAGCGGCGCUGUAACAUCAAGAUAGGGUUUGACACUCUGCAUAAUCUGGUUACAACUCUACAUGGACAGCACAGCAAUAAGCUCAGCAAGGCAACCACCCUGCAGAAGACAGCGGAGUAUGUGUAUAAACUGCAGCAGGAGAGAGCCCAACUGCAAGAAGAGGCCCAGCACUUGCGCUGCCAGAUCCAGGAGCUGAAUGACAGCAUUAGCCUUUGUCAACAGCAGCUACCAGCCUCUGGUGUUCCUAUGACACAACAGCGGUUCCAGCUCAUGCGCCAGCUGUUUCAGAACUAUGUACAGAUGCGGACCCUGCAAAACUGGAAGUUCUGGCUUUUCAGCCUCAUCAUCAGGCCUCUCUUUGAGUCAUUUAACAGGACGGUUUCCACAGCAAGUCUGGCAGAUCUAAGGCAAACGUCUCUCGAGUGGCUGGACCAGCACUGCUCCCUCCCUGCCCUCCGGCCCUCUGUGCUAAGUUCCCUUUGCCAGCUCAGCACCUCCACGUCCAUUCUCAGUGACCCAACGCUCCUGCCAGAGCAAGCAUUACAGGCUGUCACAAGGCAGGACAAUGAAGAUAUCUUACUCUAACUGAGCCAGUCAGCCAAAUAUCCCCUUCCUCUGGACUGCUGAAUGUUUGUACUAAAUCCCAAUGAACUUCUUCAUGUGAUAGCCCAUUAAAACUAUGGACUGUUUGCUUUUCCUCGGGUCAGUACCAGAAGAAUCACUGUGUGCCUCAGGUUGUAAGCUUGUGCUUUGUCUCUUGACACACAGGGGCACAUUUAUCAAGGGCUUAGCAGAAAGAGAGAAUACUACACAACCUAAAUAAGUUAAUAGAACUGCAGUGCAAUGUGAAACACUGUCUGUAUGCCCCACCAUGUUGUUUCUGAGACAUAGAAUGUUAUUAAAAUCCAAAUUGUAAUUUUGGUAAAAUCAGUGUUUGAAUCAAUGACACAUAGUGCCUUUAGUUCACUCUAUUACAUUUUAGUUUCAGAUCUGAAUUUAUAGGCUAUAAAAAGUCUAAGGGGCCUGAUUUCAUUGUAUGCCUGCCCAAACUUGCUGAAUGUUUCAAUUCCACACUUCAGGAUAACUGGCUACAUCCCUGACAGACCCAAGCAGAUAACAGACAUUCACAUUGGUGCCAGCACAGAACUGCUUAUGGCAGUGCCCUUAUUGGGUACAGUAAGAAAGUAAUAGAAACGUAUAUACUGUAUAGCCUUCUGCCACUCACUGUGUACCCACUCACUACCAUUUAAAAUGUUAUUCUUGCACCAAAACAAUGUAUUUCAGUUUAGUUGCAUUGUGCCUGAGUCUGAGCUUUCAGAAAGAGCCAGCACUACACAGUGGAACUGCUUUCAGAUAAGUUAUUGU